GCACCGAUCGACGACUCUAACAACAUAUAAUCAGAUAUCAUUCAGCAGAUUGAGAAACUUGGAAGCUGUCAACCCAACAGCUACGACUACAACUAUACUACUUGGCAUUGAAAAAAACUUAGCGAGCGUUUCCCCGAUACAAUGGCCUCCAACGUGACGGUUCUCUACAACCAGCCCGCAGAGGGCGAGUACUUCAACAUGGAUUACUAUAUCAGCACACACAUGCCCCUCGUGAAUAAGCAAUGGGGUCCCUUCGGCUUGAAGAGCUGGCAGGUCAUCAAGUUCGGCCCUGAUGCGGCCUUCUAUGGAGGUGUUCUGAUGACCUGGGAAAAGCCCGAGGAUGCGGUAAACAUUAUGACGGCGGAGGUGUCAAAGCCCGUCUUUGAGGACGUUCCCAACUUCACAAACUUGAAGCCCAUUUUGCUGCCUUCAUCUAUCUUGAGCAGCUGGGAGCAGUAGUGAGAGAGGGGUUACGGAAUUGGCGCGGGGUUGAUGGAUCCCUGCGGUCUCAUGACGCCAUUUUACAUGCCACUUAAUACGCGUUGUAUUAGCAGAGUAGCCGAGUCAAUUGCAUACAAUUUAUCCGGGAAUU